CCAGCAGUAGUAGUGUUAGCAUGGCGCUUGAUGCAGGCUGCUGCUGGAGUUCUUUUCGUUGUGGAUUUUUUCAUAUCAAGCUGCGUUUAAGUAUCCAGCAGAGUUACGUUUAUGCUUUGUAUUGCUCUAUGGCUCUAAGGAAAAAUUGUCAGUAAAAACAAAAAUUAUUGGCUAGGUGAAGUAUGUCUCUCAGGUAGCUUGCUAACAAGUAACGUUAGCACGGAGGCUGAAAUUAGGAGACACAAGAGGACAAGUACACUUUUUACAAGAGUUCAUGCAGAUGCUAUGGCUAUAACUAAGGCAUGGGAGUGACAUGACAGUGCUGUUUUGACCAGACAGCUGCCAGAAACAUGUUUUUCUGCUGAAGUAGAGGCAGAACACACAGAGAAUGGAUGAAUCUGUGUUGUUGGAUUUGCUUGAGUGCCCCGUCUGUCUGGAGAGGCUGGAUGCCUCAGCAAAGGUUCUUUCUUGCCAGCACACGUUCUGCCGUCGAUGUUUGCAAGGCAUUGUGGGCUCACGUGGAGAGCUGCGUUGCCCAGAGUGUCGGACGCUGGUGGAGUGUGCUGUGGAUGAACUCCCCAGCAAUAUCCUGCUCGUGCGCCUGCUAGAUGGAAUCAAGCAGAGGCCACGAAAGACUGGUCUGGGGGCAGGCAUCUGCACAAAUGGUACUUCUGGAGCAGUGGCCAGAGUGCACAACAGCGGAUCUAGGGAACAGGGUCCCUCGCCAAGUGCACAGCCCCAGCGAGCUCAAGCUAAGAGCACCCUGGUCCGGGGUGUACCCCAGCUUCCCUGUGCAAAGGCACUCUACAACUAUGAUGGCAAAGAACCAGGAGACCUCAAAUUCACCAAAGGUGAUAUCAUCAUCCUGCGUCGGCAAGUGGAUGAGAACUGGUACCAUGGAGAGAUGGGCGGUGUUCAUGGCUUCUUCCCCACCAACUUUGUUCAAAUCAUCAAGCCACUGCCACAGCCACCACCUCAGUGUAAGGCUCUGUAUGACUUUGAGCUCAAAGACAAGGAAGCAGACAAGGACUGUCUGCCAUUCUCUAAGGAUGAUGUCUUGACUGUGAUCCGUAGAGUGGAUGAAAACUGGGCAGAGGGAAUGCUCGGCGAUAAAAUUGGAAUUUUCCCGAUCUCCUAUGUUGAGUUUAAUUCAGCAGCUCGGCAGCUCAUAGAGUUGGACAAACCGUCAGACUCCAGUGGAGACUCUGGUGAGGGAGCCUCCUCGGGACCUCAGAGCAAUGGGGCCCAGCGGGCAGGGGAGAAGAAGAACAGCAAGAAGCGUCAUUCCUUCACCUCUCUCACUAUGUCCCACAAACCCAUGCUGGCUCCUCCCCCUCAGCGGCACUCGAUGGAGAUUAGUGGUCCAGUCCUCAUCAGCUCCAGCAACCCCACAGCAGCUGCCCGAAUUGGAGAGAUUAGUGGGGGCCUUUCCUGCAGUGCACCUUCACAGGUACACAUUUGCACAACUGGACUAAUCGUGACCCCACCCCCUAGUAGUCCUGUUACUACAGCAGCAGUCUUCACAUUUCCUUCAGAGACAAGCUACACGUCCGUGCAUGUGGAUACUCUCCCGCCCCCGCCACCUCCUCCUCCACAGUCCUCUGUUAGCGGAGCAGCACAUUCAUUGGCGGCUGGACAGAGACCCUCCCCCAGCAUCGGCGACCAAAGCGGCAGACAGAGACCCACCGUCUACGUGGCACUGUUCCCGUAUACUCCUCGUAAAGAUGACGAGCUGGAGCUGAGGAAGGGAGAGAUGUUUCUGGUGUUGGAACGCUGUCAGGAUGGCUGGUUCAAAGGCACCUCUAUGCACACUGGAAAGAUCGGCGUGUUCCCUGGGAACUACAUGAGUCCAGUCAGCAGAACAGCAUCUGGACACACUCAAACACCCAAAGUGCCCAUAAGCCUGUGCACUCAGGCUGGCAGAGGGAUCACCAUCGUCAGUCCCUCUUCUGCUCCUCAUGGUUCCAACAUUCCAGGUCCUGAUUUCAACAAGCCCCCGACUGUGUGUACCAGCACUGCUCCAGCCAACACCCAGUCAGCCGCCGUGGUCACAGUCACUCAGACAGCCACGGGUCAGCAGCCAAAGGCACCACUGCACAUCAGCUGCCAGAUGACUGUUCAUCAGGCUCGCAGCGCUGUCAGGCCAGUGGCUUGUCACAGUCACGAGCGGCCCACAGCAGCAGUGACACCCAUCCAGUGUGCAGCACCUGUGACCUACCUGCCGCACCUUGCCGUGUGUCCGCAGCCUUUGUCAGGUCCUACCCAAGGCUGUGCUCGGGCUGGACUAACCCUGGGCUGUGCUGCAGCAUCACUGACACCACCCAAUGUCAGCGCUGCAUCCUUAGACGGUGAGGCUGUGAGGCCCAUAAAUGUCCUCGCUGUGCCUGUUGGCAUGGGAAACGGCGCUGCUGUCAAUCCCGCAUCUACAAAUGCAGUUAUCAGCUGCCGACUGGAUAAGGAUGUCAAGAGAGAAAAGAAAAGUCUUCUCAAGCUGCUGUCUUCAAAUAAGAAGAAAGCUCGUUCUUCACCCCCCUCCUCUCCUACACUUGAGGCGGAGCAGGCUGCAGCCGGGGAGGUGCUGCAGGGUGCCGUGGGACAGGACACCUCCCCACCCUCUGGAUCUGCCAACUGCCUGGAGCCGGAACCUGCCGUUCCAGUUGUUGCCGUCGCCUCUUCCUCCUCCUCAAUCCAUGAGUCCUCCUAUCGGAAAACCAGCCCCCUUGAUGCAUGUGCCCCCAUCGCACCGCCUCCACGACAGCCGUGCUCCUCUCUUCUAUCUCAGCAGCAUGAUGCACGGCCCAUCAUAUGUGAGAGGUACAGGGUGGUGGUAUCGUAUCCUCCUCAGAGUGAAGCGGAGCUGGAGCUGAAGGAGGGAGACAUAGUGUUUGUUCACAGGAAAAGGGAAGAUGGCUGGUUCAAAGGCACGCUGCAGAGGAACGGCAGGACGGGACUCUUCCCUGGCAGCUUUGUAGACAGCAUCUAACACGCACGCACACACACACACACACACACCACAGUGACCCGCGGUCAUCAGCACCAUGACCCAGCUGACUGCUGUUGGCCUCGCCUUGUCAGUCACUGUACAAACCGAGAUCAGCACCAUCAGACUGACACUUUAGAGCUGUGAAUCUGGACAGAGAACAAAGAGCUCCGGGCUCACGUUGUCACUUAAAGCACGGCAGACGCAUUCUGAGAAGAGCAUACUACUCACGAACUUGAGUUUCUGUUUAAUUUAUAUCUUUGUAACAUUUCAGCUGUUAAAUUUGUGCCUUGUACUGUUUUUUCACUUUAUUGUAGAUAAGGACACAGAGGUGAUUAGUCCUUAGACAGUAUGAACUGUUGAUAGAGACCUGUCACAUUUUAACUUAUUUCAUAGUUUGGCCUUUUUGUUGUGCAACACUUCUAAGGGUUAAGCUUGCACAUGCCUUAUUAUGUCGCAAUUUACCACAUAGGCUUCUCCUUUAGACUGCUGAUAAGGACUUAAAUGUGUCAGCAGAUAAGAGCGGGUGCAUUCGGAUAUGUAUGAAUGAAAAUCAUCACACAGGACUGUACAGUGUGAAAGGAUACAUCCCCAGCUCCAAGGACAUUACCUAAUCCACAGGAUCUUAAGAGUCAUCUGCUGUAUUAUUGCACAUUCAGAUACACUCGCUACCAUUCGGAUGUUAUAAUUGCACAAAACAUUUCUCCAAACUGGGCCA